AUGGCGGACGAGAACGCGCGAGACGAAUCUGUCACCGACCCGCCAGUGCCCGCGACAUCGGCCGAAGAACCCAUUGCCGAUGGCACGCCGCUCAAAGAUACGUUGAUGACGGAUGCGACCUUUGAACAACCAGGUCACCCGCAGUGCGUGGCGCGAGUCCAGCUCCCGCGCGGACAGGGACACCCGCGUCAGGCUCUAGAGCUGCCUCUGUACAUCCCGACCCUGGCCUUUCGAUACCCGCGGAAGCACCUCCCCACGGCGACGUGA